UUUUCCCAGUUUAUUGCAGAACGAGGUAAUAAAAUGCCCCAUUUGAAGAUCACUACAAAUGUUUCAAAAAGCUCAAUUCCAAGUAAUUUUUUGAAAGAGACUUCCUCGUUAAUUUCUAAAAUGCUUGGCAAGCCGGAAAGUUAUUGUGUCGUGACAGUUGUUCCCGACCAAAUGAUGAUGUGGGGAGGAGAAGAAGGUCCAUGUGCAAUUGCCCAUCUCAUGAGUAUUGGAAAACUUGGACUACAGGAAAACAAAAAUUACUCUAAACUGCUGGGUGACCACAUUGAGAAGCAUUUAGGUGUAGCUCCUAAUCACAUGUACAUUGAAUAUCAAGAUAUCAAAACAGCUGACCUCGGAUAUGAUAAUACUACUUUCCAUGAUAUCCUUGGCUGAAAUCAAUAAUUGAUCCCUGUCAUGUCUGUCUAAAAAUAUAUACAUCAUAUGUGCAGUUCCAUUU